AUAUAACUGUUUUUUCUUCGAUUAAGCUUUUCCACCUAAACGUUUUUCGUGUUCAAACAUGCCUAGCAAAGGUGUUGGGAAAUAAUUUAUGUGAAGAAGUUGAGAUUCAACCAUAAAAUCAAUUGGCAAUAUAGAGAGUUGCCCAACCUUUUAUAAGCCCAUGUGGGACUCAUUCUCAACAUUAUGCACACUCAUUUUACUUCUCUAACCAAUUGAAUUGAACAAAUCAAAGCAGAGUGAAAAAUCGAAAUUAAAGCGGUCUGCAGAAGGUGAAAAAUAGUGUGCAGAGCUCAAUUCCCGUGAUGCCUCUCCAAAUUAAUUCAACUAUGUAUUAUAUAUAAACAUAUUCUCUGCCUCUAACUUGGACGUGUGCCUAUAGUCAUCACAUGUCAUAAAGCGUGGUAUGUUGCUACUUCCUCCAUUGGUCACUGUAAAGCUUUUCUUUUGGAGCUUCCCUCUCUCCACCUCUCGAUCAUAUGAAAUAUUAGGCACAUCCUCACCAGCUUUUAUUGCAUAUUAGGUUUCUAUCUUUUGAAGGAUUGUCACAUGCGAGAGAGAGAGAGAGGAAUCACUUGCAGCUUCAUCUCAAAUUAACUUUUGAACUUUCUCAUGCAUCAGUUGUAUUUUGAAGAAUUUAGGAGUCGUGAUCACAUGACAAAAUCUAGUUGGGGUGUUGUUCUUUGGUCUAAGAAUUGGUUUACAGUUUAAAAAGUUACUGCUUUUUUUUUUUUUCUUUCUGGGUUUUCGGAUCCCCUUCUACAUUUUUUUGACCAGCUGAGUUUUAUAAAUUAUAAACUACUGGAGUCUUGUUCCCUUUCCUCCUUCAUGGCUUCAUUGGGUCUGCUCAACUUUUGCAUUCCCCAAUGAAUAUUUGACCUUUAGCGCUUCUCACUCUCUCUCCCUCUAUCUCUCCCCCUCUCUUCCUCUCUCUCUCUCCCCCUCUCUCACUCCCACACUAUUAUAAUGUUCACACUAGUCUGCACUGGCUUACAACACUGAGGCAGUUUGGUUAGUUAACUGGACUGGGAGGGACAGAUCGGCUGUAGAGAUUUCUUGUGCUUGGAAAUUUUGUUUGGCUUUAGAUUUGUGUCCGUUUGGCUAAGAAGUUUGUUCUGGUUGUUGCAAUGGGGAAACUAAGUAUGGGAAGGGUGCUGGACAGGUUUUGUAUUUCUUCAACUGGCUCUGGUUCUUGUUUCUGUAUGAACUGGUCGGAAAAUCUUGACGAGUUCGAAAGCAGUCCGUUGGUAACCGGCGAAAAGGAUCAGUUUCUAAAACUGAAGGAUGUUGUCGCCGGAAAACAGACGUUGGCCUUUCAGUUGAAGCCCAAGAUGGUAGUGCUAAGGGUUUCCAUGCACUGCCAUGGCUGUGCCAAAAAAGUUGAGAAACAUAUCUCAAAGAUAGAAGGCGUGACGUCGUACAAAGUAGACUUGGAGAGCAAGAUGGUGGUUGUGAUUGGAGACGUUCUUCCCUUCGAAGUGCUAGAGAGCAUUUCCAAGGUUAAAAAUGCAGAGAUUUGGAACUCCCCAUGCUGAGAUGAUAAACUAUAUAUAUGUGUGUGUGUCCAUUGUCAUAAUGUACACUAUGAUACACAUUUUUAAGUUCGGUGUAUGUGCCCUAUAUAUGCAGCAAUCUCUUGUCGAACCAUCCUGUAUAUUAUCUGUGUCAAAUUAACUUGGGUUUGAGACUGUUAUCUGAUGUCGAAAAUGAAAGUGUUGUAUUAUUUAUUUAGAA